UUAACCGAGACUAUUCAAAGUACGGCCUUCUGCUGACGGUGCCGUGUGAUCACGCAGUCAUCAAAAAGUUGCACUGCACAAACAUCAUCAUAAUGUCAUCAGAACUGAAGUAUCAGUCUGGUUUUGGGAAUGAGUUUUCAAGUGAAGAUCCUCGUUGUCCUGGAGCUUUACCAGAGGGGCAGAAUAAUCCCCAAAAAUGUGCUUAUGGUUUAUAUGCAGAACAGUUGUCAGGUGCAGCAUUCACAGCUCCACGAACAGAUAACCAAAGAAGUUGGUUAUAUAGAAUUCGACCAGCAGUUCUUCAUGAACCUUUUACAAAGAUUAAUUCUGGUAAUGUUACUCAUAAUUGGGAUGCUGUGGAACCCAAUCCUAAUCAAUUACGCUGGCAGCCAUUUGAUAUACCAAAGACAAUUGAAAAAUCUGUAGAUUUUGUUCAGGGUUUAUCAACUAUAUGUGGAGCAGGUGAUCCCAAAUCACGACAUGGUAUAGCAAUCUAUAUAUAUACCUGUAAUACUUCUAUGGGAGAUAAAUGUUUCUACAGUUCUGAUGGAGAUUUAUUAAUAGUACCUCAACAAGGUAUGUUAUCAAUUACUACAGAAUUUGGUAAAAUGUUGGUUGCUCCAAACGAAAUCUGUGUUAUUCAGAGAGGUAUGCGAUUUAAUGUAAUGGUUGAAGGUGAAACUCGAGGUUAUAUACUUGAAGUGUUUAGUGAUCAUUUUCAACUACCUAAUCUGGGACCUAUAGGUGCUAAUGGAUUAGCUAAUCCUAGAGAUUUCCUUACACCUGUAGCUUGGUUUGAAGAUAGAGAGAUGAAAGAAUAUGAGGUCAUCAACAAGUAUCAUGGCCAUUUAUUCAAAGCCAGACAGAAUCAUUCACCUUUUGAUGUUGUGGCUUGGCAUGGAAAUUAUGCUCCAUACAAAUAUGAUUUGAAGAAAUUCAUGGUUAUCAAUGCGGUGGCAUUUGAUCAUGCAGAUCCAUCAAUAUUUACUGUGCUAACCUGUCCUUCGUUGAAACCUGGUGUGGCCGUGGCUGAUUUUGUUGUAUUUCCACCACGCUGGUCAGUACAGGAACAUACAUUCAGACCUCCAUAUUAUCAUAGAAAUUGCAUGAGUGAGUUUAUGGGCUUGAUUGAAGGCAAAUAUGAAGCAAAGGAAGGAGGUUUCAAACCCGGUGGUGGCAGUUUACAUAGUAUAAUGACACCACAUGGUCCGGAUGAAGAUUGCUUCGAAAAAGCAUCUAAUGCUGAUCUUAAUCCUCAAUAUAUUGCUGGUGGAACUAUGGCUUUCAUGUUUGAAUCAUCAUUCAGUAUGGCUGUUACAAAAUGGGCCAAUGAGAAUAAAGUUGAUAAAGAUUAUUAUCUGUGUUGGCAGCCAUUACAAAAACACUUCAAUCCAAACUGGAAACCUGCAGGUAUGAUGUGAAAGGGAAGGAAGAGAAGUCCUAUACAUUUUAAUCUAGUCAAAAGAUAAGAAAAAUGGUAACAUUCCGGUAUGUCAUUGACCAUUUUGACAGUGCAUUAACAUUUGCUUGGCAGCUAAAGGAUGAUAAUCUAUAUAUUGUUACAGUAUUAAUUAUUUAGUAUAUUAUUAAUGGAGUGUAUGAAUCUAUGGGUGAUAAUUUGAAAGAAAAAUAUUUUUAAAAAUUGUGCCUGUAUUGUAUAUAUGCAUUUAUAGUUAAUGAUGCAUUAUGUAAGAUUCAGAUAGAGAGCUGGCCUUACUUGCUAUAAUAGUUCAAAAACAGAUAAUGAGAAAUGAAUAUAUUUAAAAUUUCAGUCAAUUACUUUAUUCUACACAAAAUUAUGAGUGUUGGAAGUUUUGACUAGAUAGUCUCAAUUGUUAAGUACAACUGCCACAAUCAUAAAAGGGUGAAGUUGUUCUAAUCCAUUCAAUAUCUAAGCAACCCAUUGGCCUAGACAUGUAAAUAAAUGUCCAAAUAAUAAUUCAUAUAACAUUUAAUGCCAUUAAACAAACUUGAAAUAGGCAGAUUUAGCUCUUACAUACUGCAUCUUUAAUGGUGAAAGAUAUUAUAAAAUUACUGGUAUAUGAUUUGAGGGUGUUUUAUUUGUUCCAACAUAGUGAUGAUUUUUUUUUUUCUUAACGCAGCAGAUAGCAAUUAAUUAUUUAAUAUUUUAUUGUUAAUGGGGAGUGUGAAUCUAUGAAUGGUAGGUAAAUGAUGAAACCUUACAUAAAAUUAGUCGGUAUGAUUUUUGUUUUUUUUUGUUCACCAGAAUUUUCUUAAUUUAUAUAUACUGAAAACUUAAGUAUUUGAUGAUAGUGUGUCUGCAUUGUUAUUAAAAUAUAAAUUGUUGAUUUAAGUCAUUCAGUGGUUUAAUUUCCAUAGACAAUAAAAGUCUUAUAACAAUGUCUAUCUACCAUUUUGUAAAUCAAGAAAUAUAUUUAUGCAAACCAUUCUAAUUUUUUUUUCAACUGAAAAUAUAUUUCCUAUAGUACCACACUUUAACAUGAAUAUGGAUGUGAUUAUUUUAAUAUUUGGUGAUGACUUUAUGCAAUAAUUGAUUUUUGUAUAUUUAUUGAUAUAAACUGCUGGGUUUUAUUUUCCUGUUACUUCAGCUUUAAUUAUAUAUUCUAUACUGAUAAGACAGCAAUAAUAUACUUAUAUAGCUAUAUAUAUUUUAAUCUCAAAUAAUAAAGAUGAUUUAUUGGGUUA